CAUACACAAACACACACUCAACACUCUCUUUGCUCCGUGAGAGACUGGCCAAACAGUCCCGCCUCUCUCGCUUCCUACCACUUCUUUCACGUACAGAGACAGAGAGAGAGAGAAUGCCUCAAACUAGGUCUUUAGGCCUCUCUUUCUUAAUCUCUUUAUCUUGUGUAUAAUGAACCAAGAUCUCUUCCUCUUCUUCUCAGAAGAAGAUGGCCCUGCAUAGUCUUCAAAACGAUUCUUUUUAUGAUGCUCUGUAUUGCAGUGAAAAAAACUGGGAGGAGGAAGUUGGGGAUGAUAAUUUCUUACAACAAGAGAGCUAUGACGUUAAUGAUGGCAACAAAUCCUGUGAAUCUAUUCCGAUAUUGGUAGAACAAGACUUGUCUUGGGAAGAUGAAGAGCUUUCUUCAUUGCUUGGCAAGCAAGUGGAGAACGAUUUGUACAAAACCAUGGAAACAAACCAAUCUCUGGCUUGGGCUCGUCGUGAGGCUGUGGAUUGGAUUCUCAAGGUCAAUGCCCACUACAAUUUCUCUGCCCUUACUGGGGUUCUUGCUGUAAACUAUUUCGAUAGGUUCUUAUUCAGUUUCGAGUUCCAAAGAGAGAAGCCAUGGAUGGCCCAACUUGCUGCUGUGGCUUGUCUCUCUCUUGCCGCUAAAGUGGAGGAGAUUCAAGUGCCCCUUCUAUUGGACCUGCAGGUGGAGGAGAGUAGGUACGUGUUUGAUGCCAAAACCAUCAAAAGAAUGGAGAUUCUGGUUCUGUCUACGCUUGAUUGGAAGAUGAAUCCCGUAACCCCAAUUUCAUUCUUUGAUUACAUUGCAAGAAGACUUGAGUUUAAGGACCAUCUCUGUUGGGAAUUUCUCCGAAGAUGUGAGUGCAUCCUGUUAUCCGUCAUUUCAGACUCUAGGUUCACCCAUUAUCGACCAUCUGUAAUGGCUCCUGCUGUAAUGCUGCACGUUAUCGAUACUGUGAAGCCCUGUCUCCGUGCAGAAUACCAGGACCAGAUAUUGGGCAUUCUUGGAAUCGAGAAUGACAAGGUAGACGAGUGCUGUAAGCUGGUAAUGGAAUUCGCAUCUGGCAUUCAAUCCAAUAAACGCAAAUUGGGUACAAUUCCGGGCAGCCCAGAUCGCGUAAUCGAUGUGUCAUUUAGCUCGGACAACUCGAACGAUUCACGGGCCGAGGCAUCAUCUGUGUCUUCCUCCCCUGAACCUUUGUCCAAGAAGAGCAGAGCCGUGCAGAGCUGAUACAGUGCAGGACGACCUGCAGAAAAUAUCCUCACCACUACUAUUCCUCGCUAGUUCUUGGUCAAUUUUUUUUUUCCUUCAUCUUCGUCACGGACUCCAUAUAUUAUUAUUAUUACUAUAUUAUUGUAAUGAUAGAUGAUGUUCGUUUUGAUUUGCAAGUUAAAUUGCCAACCGUCUCUGCUUUUCUCCAAAUUGGUUGUGGGGUUCCAGGAACAGAGAUGGUUGGCAUUUUAUCCGGAUGGAAGGUUAAAAACAACAUGGAAAUAAAGAAUCAAGAGUUCUCUCUC